AUGGCAGCUCUACGUACAGCAUCGCGCUUGGCUGCGCCGACCCGAUCCUUCUGGCGACCUUCCUUUGCAGCGAGAUCAUAUGCCACAAUCACCGAGAAUUCCUCAUACGAUACCUCAGCUAGUCGACCUCCUGUUUCUCCCUCAAAGACUAGCACAGUCGAGGAACCAAAGCCCGACAAGGAUGCAAGAAUCAAGACCUUCCACAUUUAUCGAUGGAACCCAGAUGAGCCGACGUCGAAGCCUCGGAUGCAGACGUACACUCUUGAUCUGAAUAAGACUGGGCCCAUGAUGUUGGAUGCAUUGAUCAGGAUCAAAAACGAGGUGGACCCAACACUCACUUUCCGUAGAAGCUGCCGUGAAGGCAUCUGUGGAAGCUGCGCUAUGAACAUUGACGGUGUCAACACUUUGGCCUGCCUAUGCAGGAUUCCGACGAACACUGCCAAGGAGACUCGUAUCUAUCCGUUGCCGCACACUUAUGUCGUCAAGGAUUUGGUGCCGGAUUUGACCCAUUUCUACAAGCAAUACAAGUCUAUCAAGCCAUUUUUGCAGCGAGACACCCCGUCUCCAGAUGGCAAGGAGAACCGGCAAUCACCUGCCGAGCGUAAGAAACUGGACGGUCUCUACGAAUGCAUUCUGUGCGCCUGCUGCUCAACGUCAUGCCCGUCAUACUGGUGGAACAGUGACCAAUACCUCGGCCCUGCCAUUCUGCUACAAUCCUACCGUUGGCUUGCAGACUCAAGAGACGAACGGAAGGCGGAGCGAAAAGAAGCUCUUGAAAACAGCAUGAGCUUGUACAGAUGUCAUACUAUUCUGAACUGCUCCCGAACCUGUCCGAAGGGGCUCAACCCGGCCAAGGCAAUUGCGGAGAUCAAGAAGAGCAUGUCGUUCGCUUGA